CCGUCCCCAGAUGGUGAAGGAGAAGAUCGAGGGCUGUCACGUGUGUACACUUGUAACCCCUGGGGAACCCCAGGUGUUGCUGGGUAAAGACAAGGCCUUCACGUACGACUUUGUGUUCGACAUCGACUCGGCACAGAAACAGAUCUAUGCUGCUUGCGUCCACAAACUCAUCGAGGGCUGCUUCGAUGGAUAUAACGCUACUGUGUUCGCCUACGGACAGACGGGCUCAGGGAAGACGUACACCAUGGGGACAGGGUUCGACGUGCAGGAGGAGGAGGAGGAGCGGGGCAUUGUUCCACGGGCUGUUCACCAUCUGUUCCUGGGCAUCCAGGAGAGGAAGACACAGGCCCGGCAGCAGGGCACACACCCUCCUGAGUUUAAAGUCAGUGCACAGUUCCUGGAGCUGUAUAACGAGGAGAUCCUAGAUCUGUUUGACGGAGCCAGAGACCCAGACUGUAAGAACAGGAAGUCUAAUAUUAAGAUCCAUGAGGACUGCAGUGGCUCCAUCUACACCAGCGGAGUCACCUCACGACUCGUCAACUCUGAGGAAGAGCUGUUAGAAUGUCUGAAGUUGGGAGCGUUGUCCCGGACUACGGCCAGCACCCAGAUGAAUGCUUCCAGUUCCAGGUCUCACGCCAUCUUCACCAUCAACCUCUGUCAGAUGAGAGUCUGCCAACAAACUGAGGAGAAUGGAGGAGUGAACGCAGAGCUGAACGGAGAGGUGAACGCAGAGCUGAACGGUGUAGGAGGAGGAGAUGGAGGGUCUAUAGCCAAGCCUGAAUACGAGACUCUGAUGGCCAAGUUUCACUUUGUGGACUUGGCUGGAUCAGAGAGACUGAAACGCACCGGAGCGACAGGAGAGAGGGCACGCGAAGGCAUAUCCAUCAACUGUGGACUGCUGGCCUUGGGGAAUGUGAUCAGUGCUCUGGGGGACCAGGCUAAGAAAGGAGGCCAUGUUCCAUACAGAGACUCUAAACUCACACGUCUUCUACAGGACUCACUGGGUGGAAACAGUCGUACGGUGAUGAUAGCGUGUGUGAGUCCAUCUGACCGGGACUUCAUGGAGACCCUGAACACACUGAAGUAUGCUAAUAGAGCCAGGAACAUCAAGAACAAGGUGAUGGUGAACCAGGACAAGACCUCCCAGCAGAUAUCUGCUCUCAGGGCUGAGAUCGCCAGGUUACAGAUGGAACUGAUGGAGUAUAAAGGGGGUAAGCGUGUGAUGGGUGAGGAUGGCUUGGAGGGCUUCAGUGAUCUGUUCCAGGAAAACUCAAUGUUACAGAGAGAAAACGACACGCAACGCAUGAGAGUCAAAGCUAUGCAGGAGACCAUUGACCACCUCAACACACGCGUCACCACACUCCUCGCCAACAGCGUCAGCACGCUCCUCGCCAAGUCAGGUGAGGGCAACGAGGAGAUUGGUGCUCUGAUCCAGAACUACAUCAGAGAGGUUGAAGAGCUCAGAUCCAAGCUCCUGGAGAGCGAGGCAAUGAACGAGUGUCUUCGUCGCAGUGUGACCCGUCUCUCUUCCCGCUCGCCGUUCCCUUCCUCCUCCCAUAGCUCCACCCCCGGGCCACACCCCUUAGGCUCCUCUCCCCAUUCCCUGUCAAUGGAGGCGGAGAUGACGGACGUGAUUCGCCGAGCCAAGAUGGACAUUGAGAGGCUGAAGAAGAAGGAGAGGAGACAGAGAAUGAGCCCAGAGAAAGAGAAGGGGUUUAAGAAACAAGUGAAGCUUCCCUCUCAUGAGGACGGACAGGACGGACAGGACGGACAGAACGGACAGAUGGACUCUGAAGAGAACUACACAGAGGACGGGAUGUCCCCUCUGCAGGAGGAGGAGAGUGGGUGUGAUGAGGAGGAGGAGAGGGAUGAAGAUGAGUUUGACAGUGAUGAGAGUCUGGUGGACUCAGACUCUGACUCUGAUGAGAAAGCUAACUUCCAGGUGGAUCUGGCAGACCUGACGUGUGAGAUUGAGAUCAAGCAGAAGUUGAUCGAUGAGCUGGAGAACAGUCAGAAGAGACUGCUGCAACUCAAACUACAGUAUGAAGAGAAACUCAUCCUGCUGCAGAACAAGAUCAGAGACACACAGCUGGAGAGAGACAGAGUACUACACAACCUCAUGUCCAUGGAGAACUACACGGAGGAGAAGGCUAGCAGGAUCAAGUCAGAUUAUGAGAAGAGGCUAAAGGAGAUGAACAGAGACCUGAUGAAGCUACAGGCGGCUCAGAAGGAACACGCGAGGCUACUGAAGAACCAGGGACGCUAUGAACGAGAGCUGAAGAAUCUAGAGCAGGAGGUCAACGAGAUGAAGAAAGCCAAGGUGGCGCUGAUGAAGCAGAUGAAGGAGGAGCAGCUGAGGAGGAGGAUGGUGGAAGCCAAGAGGAACAGAGAGAUCGCUCAGCUCAAGAAGGAGCAGCGACAACAGGAGUACCAGAUUAGGUCGUUGGAGAGUCAGAAGUGUCAGCAGGAGCUUGUCUUACGUAGAAAGAGUCAGGAGGUGACAGCGUUACGACGGCUGGCUAAACCCCUGUCUGGACGCAUGGCUAGACGUUUACAGCCCCCAGACUCUGGCGCUGAACUGUCUCCCAGCACCACCUCCUCUGAACCAGAGUCCAACAGGACCACUCCAACCAAUGUGUCUAACAUAGUGAGACAGUGGAACACCAAGAUGAACGGCUACCUGGGACAGAGCGAAGGGGUGACCAACAACGGGACACGGGCUGUUGGGAGUAGGACUCGUGUCCAGCAGGGUAAGGGGGUUCUGAGGGGUAGUAGCAGUUUCACCAAGGCGGCCCGUCAGAAGUGGCAAACACUGGAGAGGAGGAUCCUGGACAUCGUCAUGCAGAGGAUGACCAUCACCAACGUAGAGGCCGACAUGGACCGACUCAUCAAGAAGCGUGAGGAGCUGUCCUUGCAGCAGGAGGCACUGUUGCGUAAGAGGGAGGUGCUAAUGGCAGAGGGUGAGGGGCCUGACACAGAGGACUGCCUUGUCCAGGAAAUGAACGAGGACAUUGAGGUUCUGAACGCAAACAUUGACUAUAUCAAUGACAGCCUAUCAGACUGCCAAGCUACCUUCAUACAGAUAGAGGAAACCAAGGAGGAGCUGGACUCAGUGGACACCUCAGUGGUCAUCAGCUCCUGCUCUCUGGCCGAGGCCCGGCACCUGCUGGACCACUUCCUCAAGGCCUCCAUUGACAAGGGGUUACAGGUGGCUCAGAAGGAGUCUCAGAUUCGUCUGUUGGAGGGUCAGCUGAGACAGACAGAUGUGAUUGGCUCUGCCCACAAUCACAUCAUCCUGGAUGCACUGAGAGAGAAGGCUGAGUGUAUCCCUGAGCUGCAGGCACUCAUCCACAACGUACAGCAUGAGAAUGGUUAUGUCAGCACUGAUGAGGAGCCGUCAGAAUUUAGCCAGGCCUCGGAUGGCAGUGUGUGUCAGAUGAAGUCUUCAGCCAGUCAGGAUGACUUCAAGAUGAAGGUCCAGACGGAGCCUCGUCUGUCAGCCCAGAUGAAGGCGGUAUCAGCAGAGUACCUGUGUCCCGUGUUAGACCCCUCUACUAAGAACAUUACUAAGUCCCUGGCCUCCCUGACAGACAUCCUGGAGAACGGGACCAGUAUGAGCGGCCUGAGCCUCACCCUGCCUAUCUUCAGAGACCGGAUGUCCAGGACCAUCAACCUGCCCGUCAGGGGGCACACCUUUCCCAGACAGUCUCACAGUGAUGACACCUCCCCUCUAACAAGGAGGAAGUCUUAUCACCGAGGCCAGGCUUCCAGAAAUGCUGAUGGGUUCACUCCCCCCUCCUCCCCCCCUCUUAGAACCCGGAACGACCGCAAUGUCUUCUCAAGGCUCACCAGCAACCAGAGUCAGGGCUCUGCACUGGACAAGUCAGAUGACAGCGACUCCUCUCACUCUGAGGUUCUCAGGGGUGUGAUCAGUCCCACGGGGGGUGUGAAGGGAGGGCGGACUGCGCCCCUCCAGUGUUCUGCCAUGGCAGAGGGACACUCUAAACCUGUCCUCUGUGUGGACGCUACAGAUGAACUGCUCUUUACGGGAUCUAAGGACCAGACGUGUAAGAUGUGGAACCUGGUGACGGGACAGGAGAUCGUCACGUUGAAAGGCCAUCCCAACAAUGUGGUGUCAGUCAAAUACUGUUCCUCCUCCUGCCUCGUCUUCUCUGUCUCCACCUCAUACAUCAAGGUCUGGGACAUACGAGACUCCGCCAAGUGUGUCCGCACCCUCACGUCUUCAGGCCAGGUGAUAUCGGGGGAUGCGUGUGCUGGCACCACCACCCGUACCAUCACGGUGGCACAGGGUGAAUACCAGAUGAAUCAGAUCGCCCUCAACCCCUCUGGCUCUGUCCUCUAUGCUGCCGCUGGCAACACCGUACGCACCUGGGAUCUCACCAGGAUGACGGCGUUAGGGAAGCUGACAGGUCACAUAGGUUCAGUGAUGUGUCUGACUGUAGGUCAGUCUGUACAGGGCAGAGACCAGGUGGUCACCGGCUCCAAGGACCACUACGUCAAGGUGUUUGAUGUGGCAGAGGGCAUGCUGGGUAAUGUAGGCCCAUCCCAUAACUUUGAGCCUCCUCACUACGACGGGAUCGAGUGUCUGGCCAUCCAGGGAGACGUGUUGUUCAGCGCGUCACGAGACAACGGCAUCAAGAAGUGGGACCUGGAGCAACAAGAACUCACACAGCAAAUCCCUAAUGCCCAUAAGGACUGGGUGUGUGCACUGGCCUAUGUUCCAGGUCGGCCCAUGCUGCUGAGUGCAUGUCGGGGAGGCAUGCUGAAGGUGUGGAACGUUGACAACUUCACCCCCAUAGGAGAGGUCAGGGGCCACGAGAGCCCUAUCAACGCCAUCUGCACCAACUCACGACACAUCUUCACCGCUUCCAGUGACUGCAGGGUGAAGUUAUGGAGCUAUGUCCCAGGUUUGACCCCCUGUCUACCUCGACGGGUUCUGGCCAUCAAGUGUCGCGCUACCAGCCUCCCGUGAGCCUUCACUCCAGCUCACAA